AUUUAUACAUGCGUAAAUAUCUCAUUGCGUACAGUACAAAACCUCUUAUACAGUUUACACGGAGUGGACACAGUUGGUCGACGCUCGAGAGUCGCAACUGCUGAAGUAUCAAUAUAGCCUUACAUACGACGGCGACCUAUUCUGGAUCGUGCAAAUGCUGCCAUUUGCUCAAAGUAGACUCUGUAGAGCCGAGGUCGCUACUCAGGCUCAGCCGGUCGGUCGAUCGCCAGCGUAGUGUGAGUAUCAAAUCUAUCUAUUCUUCUAUUUAUCAGUAGCUGCCACGAGAUAGUGAGCCGGUGUGAUACUUUUGUCUUCUCAUCUCGAGAUCAAAAUUGAUGGACCGCUUGGUCCAGUGUUGGCUACGUGUGUCUCGGGGGCGUAUUUUACAAUUCUGUGGAAGGCUGUCCAGAGAAGAAUACAAGCGCCGUCGUGCUGGUAGAUGUGACGUGAGCUUCUUUUCAUUCUGUACGAAGUUCAUUUACCAGUAGCUAGCUUGUUGCCGAUUUAUGCGCACAGAUUCACGUUCCUGCAUGUAACUGUCUGCCCGGUCGGGUCCGUAGCCCUGCGAACACUCGGUACACCUUUAUGGAUGUAGUACUUAUGGACCAGACUAGGGCAGCCUGAGUCUAGAAAAUCGGGAUCGCACGAUCAAUAACACGAUCUAUACGAGGAGGAUGAGCUCGAUCUGGUGGGGUAGAGCUUCCGGAAUGCAGGCAGCUGAAGAACUUCUUCCCUUACUAGAGGCAGAGGCAGUCGUUGGAAGAGGGGAAGAGGAUGGAAUGAUCAUCAUGAUUGGAAUGAUUUACAAUUCUAAGAGUCGCUGGAGCUUCUCCACAUCUCCUCCCCGCAAUGCACUCCUGUCCCUGGCUAGAUCCGCUGGCCAUUCCGCAUGGCCGUAGCACUUGUACUGCCGUCGCCAUCAUGCCGUUUCUGCAGCGCAAAUGAUGUAAAAUCCGAUUCUCCUCAGAUUGGAUGAAAUCUGCUCUAUGUGCCGGCAGGAAUGAAGACUCCUCCAGCACUUACAGUGAAUCGAUUGAAUCUGCGGGCACAUGUUUCCAGGAAAAUGAGGAUGAUGAUGACGGCAGAGCGGAUCAAUUGCAGCGCAAUGCCGUUACCAAGUGCAAUAGAAUUUCCUCCCCGUCGUCUUCUUACGGACUUUCUACAGGUGGUGGUGUGUUACUGCUGGACGAGGCGAUCAUGUUGCUGCUGAGUCCGGGUCCUGGGGGAGGGAGCUCGCUUCCUCUCGGAAGCAUGCUGAAGGUCAAACGCUGCUGCCUGUUAACUUCAGCAUCGGCUUCUGCUGCUGCUGUCCCAAUUUUAGGUCCUUUCGAAGAAACAGUCGUUGAGUCCGAGUUUGGGCCCGCGAUUAUCUCAUGGGACAUUUGCACUGAAAGGCUAGCAUCCAUGUCUACAGGGCCCCCUUCUCCUCCUCCGCCGCCGCCUACUGCACCUGCUCCUGCUCCUGCUCCUGCUCCUCUUCGUAGAUGAAGAUUCUGAAGAAUUUGCGAACUUGGAACAGUGCGACAAUGUACUGCGGAGAUGGACGACGAGAGGAUCAGGAGCGCAGAAGAGAUGGCGUACAACAUCAUCAUCCGCAGAAGGCCUGAAGCAGCAUCGGUUCUUCCUUCCAUGGAUUCGAAUGACUUGCUGCCGUUAUGCUCCUUCCAAAUUCCGCCUGGGACAUGCGAUGCCAGCAGUAGAUCGGAUCGGAUUGCAAGUCCGGUGGGCUCGCGGCCUUGUUCUCCCUCUGCUCCUGAUUCCAGUGUAGAUCAUAGGUCGCUACGACUCGAUCUCGACACACGGUCUUUUACUCCACCGGCGAACAGACCACACUGCAUGAAAUCGCGAGCGCAAAACUUCCACAUUCGCUCCCUAUCCCGACUGGCGAUUCUCAGAACUAGUGAGCACAGAGAGCCAGACGGACAGACAGCCCACAAACACAGAUCUCUGGUCGGUCGAUGAUCCUACGGAUGAGUGGCCGAGAGAAAGCCCGACUACUAUGUGGAAUGGACGAGAGAGAGAGAGAGAGAGAGAGAGAGAGAGAGAGAGAGAGAGAGAGAGAGAGAGAGAUGUGAAGGAGAAGAGGGAGAAACAAGGCCAAUAAUUCGGCACGAGAGCAGUGGACGAGAAUAAGUCAAUAAUUUGGCUUACAUGUGCGUCAAGGAAGAAUCUCAAAUUUUCAAGUCCCUCGAGCUCCAGAGAUAGGCAGACAGACAGACAGACAGGGAUGAAAGUUAAGCGAGGCAAGGCAACGGGAGCGUAGUGAUGGCGCAAAGGUCAAUAAGUAGGGAGGGGGCUGACUUUGGCCAACGCCACGAGAGAUGGGACGAGACGAGAAGAGCGACACAGAAGGCACCGUCCUGCCGACACCCUCUCUGCCGCUGCGACAUUCUCUCGCCACCCCAACUUCGAACCUCCAGGCUUAACGCCUCCGACCGACAGGACCGGCCUCCAUCCACCGGCGGCCAGAAGGCAGGCUCCGUCCGUUGCCCCCUGAGCCCGACCCUACCGAUCAUGUGACCGUCCCCAGCUCAGAGCGCAUGCACGGCAGGCGCGGGACGGGCCGCACUCCAAAACAGUCGGAGCACGUCCACGAAGUGCGUGCGUGGCGGCGUGCGUCGGCUCCCUCACCGUCUAUCGCCCGCACCCGCUUCCCGGCCAUGGAUCCCGUUGUCCCGCUCCGUCCGCUCGCCUGCGGCGACCCGUUAUCAAUUCGUUUCCUGCCGACAUGGUCAGGGAGGGCACCCCCAGCCACGCAUGCCUGAAUGCCAUGACGCCGGGCCAGCGACGGUGAUGUGGCCUCUUCGUUGCGGCGGUGACGUCUCUCGGUACGACAGCUCAUUCCUCCGUCCCCGUUCGAGUCAUUCCACCAGCUGUCAGCGUGGCAUACAAGCUGACAGUAUCUGAUCGCUCACUCACUGCCUUUCCUCCAUCCCGGACAUCCAAUACGCAUUUUACGCCUCCUAUUAAUAAAAAUAUGAACAUGUUGCGGAUGGGCUGCGUAUCUUACACCCGAUCGUCCAGUCGCCAAUUUAGCAAUCGAUUCGAUCCCUACGACAUAUUUGAGCUCCCCUCGUACCCGCACUGAACACCCCGAGCUCUCUCAUACCCCGGUUGAUUGGAAGUGGACGGGAUGAUGUCGUUCGCGCAUCCGUAGGAUAUCUCAUGAAAGUGUAAAUAUUGGUUUCCCGAGCAUAAGGCGGAGACGACAGUUCAUGGUCUUCCACAUGAUGGCGCAUAUUUAUGGAUGAGGAAAACAGCAGAAGGGUACGGACUUGUAGAGUUUCAACAGCAGCAGAAGACAUCUUUCGACGCGCGUGUUUGUGAAACCUGGCUCCUACAUUUGAGAGGAGAUCCCACUCUUCAUGGGAUUCCUCAAGGUUCCUCUUCUCGUGUACUUCACAAAGCGGCAUCAACUUUUCUUAUAUAAGUAUCCGUGGUUAGGGCCAGUCUCGUGACUGUAGUGUGUGGGGAUGGAAUGGAUUCUUUGGCUCUGAGUCCAAAGAAUACACACAAGCGUUAACCUCGUAACCUGUUUCUGAUCCUUGUGUCCCUUGCAAACGAGAGGGGAAGAGGAAGUGAGAGGGGCCUUGCGGUGGCCAAGGUCUUACAAGCCUGCCAACUCACUCGUUACGCAAGAUCUGCUC